UUGUGCAGAUACCACGAGUAUGGAAAGGUAAAACGUUAUAAAGUUUCUGGUGCGAACGAGCUUUCGGGUCAUCGUAUCAUAUUUUUUGCUCUCGUCGAUGUUAGAGUGCUGGAAUGGGAUCCACCUUUGCAACCGAAUGGCGACAUCUCACACUAUGUGGUCAGCUGGAGAGCGAUGGACGAUUUGCAUAUGAAUCAGAACAUGGGUGCUGCUGUUUGUUACGAUGAUCUUGCCAGAAGCUUGGACAUCUCACUUGGAGCCGCCGAUGGUCUACUGGAGCCAUCGUCUACGCCUGCUCCAAAGGUGUCUUCAAUGCUGAUGGGGACAGCGAGUGCGGGAAAAGGUGAUACGUGCCCGAGGAAUGAAGGAUGUUGCAAAUGUCCACCGAAGGCACUAUCUACCGAUGCAGACGAGAAUAUCGAGUCGCAGACCGAGUUCGAGAACGCUGUACAUAAUGUGGUUUUUGUGCAAAAGUCAUCCGCAUCUUUGUUUCCGUUAGUCGGUGUACGCGCGCGGACAUUAGUGACGUUUCCUCUCGCUCCUGUUGGUGAUAGUGACAAAAGCGAUGAUAUCAAUGUCCUAAGGAUGCACAGGAUCUACCGGAUGUGUAGGCAACAGCAUGGCCUAUCGUCUUUUAUUGAUGAAACAAUGCCUUCCGUUAGUCAAGCGUGA